AUGGCAAUGAUCGCGGGCGACAAAACCCGUUCGGCCCACCUGUCCGUCCACAGGACAACGGAGGAAGCCGGCAUUACAGUCCGUACGGCCAACCCCCCUUUCGAGCACCAUUCGGUCCGCCCGCCUGGGGGGAUGGAAGCGGGCAUCGCAACGCUGGAAGCACCCAGUUCAGUGGCGCUUCGCGCCCAUAUCAAGGGGACUCUUACCGCCCUGGCCCGCGCUUCGAGCUUUUUGGAGACUUUGGAGACUGUACUUUCGCCAGUGAUCGCCCUCGGCCCCACGGACCCCUUCAGGAUGCCCCCGCAGCGCGAGAACGAGAACAAUGACCAAACCGACCAACCACCUCGCCGCCGACGAAACCGGCGGAAACGUGACGGGUCCGCUCCCGAAGCCCCGAGGCCGAGACGAGCGCCUGCGCCGCAAUGGCAUUUUCCAGUCGGCCACCCUCUAGCGGACGCGCCCAAGAGCAGCUCGUCCAUAGGCCCUUUCCACGCCACUACGCCAAUGCUGGGAAAGAGUGGUUCCAAGAGCCGACCCGGUGAUGGGGAUGCAGCAACGGAAGGAAACAUCCCCAAGGAGCCUUCCUCGCCAUCUCAGCAACGAGGGAAACGUGAUCUCAUCACCCCGCCCUCAGCCCAGUCGGGCGGCGUUCCAGAUCCCACAGCCGAAUACCUAGAGCAGGCGGCACUCCCACCCGCCAACCCGUUGUCAAAACCACAGCCGUUACUAGUCGUCCUCGACCUUAACGGAACUGUGAUAUACCGCAAGGGCCACAAAAAGGGCUCGGGCCAGUUUUCCCUGCGGCCCUUCGCCCAAACCUUCCUCGAACUCUGCCUCGAUCGACACCACCUGGUGAUCUGGUCGUCCGCGCGGCCUGAGACAGUACAAGCCAUCUGCACGCAGCUGUUCUCUCGUGUCCACCGCAAGCGCAUCCUGGCGAUCUGGGCGCGCGACCGGUUCGGCCUCACCACGGCCGACUACAACCUGCGCACUCAGUGCUACAAACGGCUGACGCGGGUCUGGGCGGACCCGGUGAUCGCGGGGGGACACCCACGCGCCGCCAAGGGCGGGCGCUGGAGCCAGGCCAACACGGUGUUGAUCGACGAUAGUAUCGAGAAGGCCCGCAGCGAGCCGCACAACGCGGUGACGUUGCCCGAGUUUAACGGGAAUGUCGAUGAGAAGCCUUUGGUGCUGGAGCUCGUGGCCGAGUAUCUCCAGACGUUGGCGUUGCAGAAGGAUGUCAGCGCAUACAUUCGGGCGCAGCCAUUUGCUGUAAAGGGACAGCGAGAGGAGUCGGUCCCGGCGAGUCAGAGUGAGAGUCAGGGUGAGGAGAGCCAGGGAGGCGGAGAAGUAGUCAUGAAAGAGGACUGGAAGAGGGAACGGUGA